CCCACCUGCCCGCCGCGUGGAGAGGGAAAACGCGGGCUUCUGCCCGUCUCUCUCGCACUCGAACGGAGCGCCCCGCCAGUGCGACAGAGACAACGCUCUUCUGGAUCGCGUCGGCAGCGAUGACGCAGAAGGAACGCGAGUGGGUGUUCGACGAGGUGCCGCGGCCAUGGACCUGAUGGACCUGCGUGCCUUCAUCGAGGGCCAGAAGCACCGACUUCGCCAGGACCGGGCCGCGCUGCGCUACGACCACAGUGCCAAGCCGCCGCCGGAGAAUUUUUUGCAUUCUUCAUCUCCAACAACAUCAAGCCAGAACACAUCCGUCAAUGAAGAAAUAGAAUCGUCCCAAGUGUCAGCUUUAUUGUCUGAAAGGAUUAAUAACCUUAAUAAUUUCAAAAGUCAAGUGCGUACAAAUGGGGAAGGAAAUGAAAAUUUUGACUACCAGCUGGAAUGCAGUACUCAACCUGGCAGUCAAAGUGUGUUAGAUGAAAAUAUACAGAAAGGUGAAAAAGAAGCAUGUGAAGAGCAGCCAAGUAGGGACCGUGAGGUGGAGAAACUUCAAGAAAAGUUUGCAUCAGUACCCUUUUGGGACAACUUUGGCAGAUCAGCUACAGCAAAACGGUGGAGUUCCGAUGCUCCAGGUGCCAUGGUGCGGGUUGGUGAAUUUUCACCAGCAAAUCCUGAUCUGCAAGCUCCAGGCAAAGCUCUUUUGGGUCUUGGAGAAUAUGAAGAGCGUCGUCGUCAGUUGUUAGAAAAGAAAAAGCAGGAGUACAAAGAAUAUUUGUCGCAUUCUAGAAAUGUUUUACAAAGGACUGAUCACCUGGUGCAUCAUGCUCCACAAAAAAGUGACUUGGAGAAUUCCAAUGCUGUAAAUGGCUUAAUGCAUAAAGUGACUGAUCAUGUACCUCCAAGUAUUUCUGUGGAUGCAGCAACUCAAACUGAAAGUUGGUUGACUGAGCAAGCCAGCAGGGAUACCCAACCAGCUCAGGUUACACUGUCAGUUAGAGACUCUACCAGUCCCAUUCCACAGCUGAGCCCUAGAGACAAACUGAACAUGGAGCUCCGGCAUCAUUGUGCACCGUGUUUUGUUUCCCGGGCUCAUUCCUCUCAAACAGCAGAACAGCUGCCAGAUGCAAGAGUCCGUCAACUGCAGCUGCAGGAGGAACUGCGACAGCAAAUUGAGGAGAAGCGUCGUCUUGAAGCAGAGAGGCGAGAGCAGGAGAGGUUGGAGGAGGAAGCCCUUCAAAGGAGGGUUGCCGAGCAACAGGCACGGCUUCAAGCCGAAUAUGAAAGAGAUGAAAAACUACGGAGAGAGCGUGAAAUUCAGAAGCAACAGCAAAUUGAGGAAUUCCAGCGUCGUCAAGAGGAGUUGAGGGCUGAAUCAGAAGCCAUAAAGCUUGAAGAAAGGCGUCAGAAGUUAGAGGCUGCAGAGGCAUUCAAUCAAAAGCAAAUGGAACACGCUCAGCUAGACCCAUCAAAGGUGGCUAGGAAUGCUCAUCUAGCCCCACCAUCAGAACCAGCACCACUGUCAAUUCUGAAGAGCACUUCCCCACCUCUGCGUAGUCCGAGGAGAACAGCAAGAGGCUCACAGUAUUCCGAUGAAUACUUGAACCCUGAACCGCUGUCACCCAGAGCAUUAAUCAAGGUCUUGGAAGGACCUACCUUGCCUAAGCAACAGGCUUACCUCGAAGACUCUCUCCCCAUUCCCCUGAUGCCUGCCACUCGAAGAUCCCCCAAGGUGUCGCCCCAGAGGUCACCCAACCGGUCACCUCAGCGCUCCCCUCGGCGGUCUCCGCAUCGGUCACCACACCAUUCGCCCUCCCGCUUUGUGGCCGCACCGGCCCUAGCUUCCCGUCGCCUGCCCAAGGCCCAGCCCAAGCCCAGAGGACCAAGCGAAGCCAUGCAGAAUUUGGAAGAACGCUGGAAGGUUCCUGCGGUUCAGAAAAAUGUAUGCACGCGGGGGAAACAAAGUGCCCAAGACAGCAACACAGGAAAUGUGCUGACUCAGCUUGGCGCUUUCAGGCGCCAGCUUCAGAUGGAGCACAUGCGUAUGGAGGAGAAGGUUCGAGAAAAGCACCAACCCAAUCAGUACCACCAGCAGGUGUAUCAGCAGCAUAGCUCUCAGCGCAGCAACUACAUUUGAACAAAGUUUUGUUUGUGUCAUUUUUUAAAUGUCUCCCCUUUAUUUAUUCAUGUCUUCUACAUAAGCUUUUCCUCUGUGAUAAGAAUUAAAAAUGUUUAUUUUGUUAAUAGUGAUUUAGUGCUAGCCUUGAGGCUGUGUUUAGAUCUUUUGUAUUAUGUUGAACGACUCCAGUGUUUAAAAUAGUCCUUUUUUGUUGCUUUUUUUAUUUUUCAUUCAUUGUUCUAUAUUUUAAAUUGUUCGCAAAUAUUUGCAUGAUGAACUAUGCACUCGAAUAGCUUUAAAGCAGAUGGAAUGUAAUUCCCUAUUCAUUGUAUUUUUUAAAGUACCAUUGUAUAUCAGAUAUUAGAUAGUUUUUCUGUUUUUUGUUUGUGGGGCUUCCAAGCUUUUUGAAAAGGGUCUUUUUUAAAAAGAUAUUCUUGUCAGAUCUUACAAAUAAACAUGAUUUAAACUGA